UAUGUAGGUUGCAUCUCCCUGCUAACAAAAAAUCGCUACUGGAUUAACUAUGUUAUUUGUAGGGUUUAGUUUUGAGUUCUCGAGUUCUCGAUACACAAAAAUGUGAAUAUUAUCCGGCUAUCUCAAGGUUUAUAAGAAGUUAUGUUGCUUGUGAUGUCGAUUUACGCGCGUACCGGGUUCCAUUUGUCGGGAUAUUUAGCAGCUAGCUUGGGCUAGCUGCCCGUAUUACUGUGUGCUAGUUACCCCAACUUUGUUUCAUUGCAGCCACAUUAGUUUGACACUGUCGUUAACUUCCAAACUUCAACUGAGAUAGUAUUUUUUUAAAAAACGCUUUGGGACCACAGAGAGCUUCAGAGGAUGCUGGCGACGGGAGCGGCUGUAACUAACGUCACAGCCCUGGCCCAGGUGGACCGUGAGAAGAUUUACCAAUGGAUCAAUGAGUUGUCCAGUCCAGAGACCAGAGAAAAUGCAUUGCUGGAGCUUAGCAAGAAACGCGAGUCCGUUCCAGACCUGGCACCAAUGCUCUGGCACUCCUGUGGCACCAUUGCGGCCCUGUUGCAGGAAAUAGUGAACAUCUAUCCGUCUAUAAACCCACCUACGCUUACAGCUCACCAGUCUAACAGAGUGUGUAAUGCCCUGGCACUUCUGCAGUGUGUUGCCUCACAUCCAGAGACACGGUCAGCUUUUCUUGCUGCGCACAUCCCGCUCUUCCUUUACCCUUUUCUACACACUGUGAGCAAAACCCGUCCGUUUGAGUACCUGCGACUCACCAGCCUCGGAGUCAUAGGUGCCUUAGUGAAAACGGAUGAACAAGAAGUGAUUAACUUCCUCCUCACCACUGAAAUCAUCCCGCUGUGCCUCCGCAUUAUGGAGUCAGGGAGUGAGCUCUCCAAGACGGUUGCUACGUUCAUACUGCAGAAGAUCCUGUUGGACGACACAGGCCUGGCUUAUAUAUGUCAGACGUAUGAGCGUUUCUCCCACGUGGCCAUGAUCCUUGGCAAAAUGGUGCUCCAGCUCUCUAAAGAACCAUCAGCUCGCCUCUUGAAGCAUGUAGUUCGCUGCUACCUUCGCCUCUCAGAUAAUCUCAGAGCCAGAGAAGCUCUACGUCAGUGUCUACCUGACCAGCUGAAAGACAGCACCUUCGCCCAGGUGCUGAAAGACGACACCACUACCAAACGCUGGCUCGCGCAGCUGGUCAAGAACCUGCAGGAGGGACAAGUCACAGACGCAAGAGGCAUCCCGCUGGCUCCACAGUGAUCGGGACAAAACAGCUGACAAAUAGGGACUCUAUCAUCACUGUUGAGAUUUUGUAUUUUGCAAACAGUGGUGCUAAGACUGCCUGCAAAGUGAAGGACAUGAUAGAGGAGGAUUUUGUUUGCUUUUGGAUAGAUGGAUUAAUUUACAGCAGUAUGUCUCAAGGUCACUAUCACAACUUCAAAUCUGAGUUUUAAAAGCCAGACUGAUCAAAGCCAUUACUGGUAUCGAUAUUUGAAAAUCAUUUAAAUCCAAUAAUGAAAUAUUGGAUGGUAUUUGUUUUUGACGUGAACAUGUUUGGCCAUAAACCGAAUCUCAAACUCAAAUUUGUUUUAUAUUGAUAAAGAUAUGUCUGGAGGAGGAUGUUUUACAGGUCAACUUGAGUAUUAAAACAAUAACAGUACACUGAAAUAAGAAAAACAUGUCUGACUGUACAUUUAAAAUACAGCCUGUAAACGUUAAAUGCACUGCAAUUUCUCUCUAACAUAUCAAUACUGAUAUAUCAAUGAUAAACUGGUUUCUGUUGACAAUAUCAGCUCUUCCAAUCUAUCGUUCAGCUGUCUGUAACAUUCCACUUCAUAGUAGGAGCUGUUGUUUUCUUUUUUGGCUUCUUGCAUUUCAAAUAAGACUUUUUAAUCUUCUA